AUGGCACAACCAAGCUCAAUGAAAGUAGUUGAGGUUUGCUGGGUAGCUCCCAAACCAAGCUCACCAGACUCAGCCUCCCCAGAUGAUCAGUCUCUUCCUCUGACUUUCUUUGACCUUCUCUGGCUAAGGUUUCCUCCCAUUCAACGCGUUUUCUUCUAUGAAAUAUCUUCAUUCAACACACCCCUCUUCUUCGAUUCCAUACUUCCAAAACUCAAAGCCUCACUCUCUCUCACCCUCCAGCACUUUCUGCCUCUUGCAGGAAACCUCACUUGGCCCCAAGACUCCCAAAAACCCUUUCUCAGUUAUGUCAAAGGUGAAACCCUUUCUCUUACAAUAGCUGAAUCUGAUGCUGAUUUCUACCAUCUAGUUUCAACCAACAACUUCAAUAUUGAAGCCAAAGAAUACCAUCCUCUUAUACCCCAAUUGGCAGUGUCUCACGACCAAGCCGCAGUGAUGGCGUUGCAGAUCACAAUUUUCCCCAACUGUGGUUUUUCCAUUGGAUCAGCCGUGCACCAUGCUGCCCUUGAUGGCAAAACUUCAACAUCUUUUUUGAAACUAUGGGCUCACCUGUGCAAACAUGGAGGACUGUCCUCAUCUUUGUUACCAGAGCCACCAAAACCAUGUUAUGACAAGAGGGCCGUCAAGGACCCUGCCGGCAUUGAAGCAAUCUACUUGAAGGAAUGGUUAAAUGCAGGAGGGCCCAAUAAUACAAGCUUGAUGUCUUUGGGGGUUAAAGAAUUUCCACUAGACUCAAUUCGAGGUACGUUUGAAUUCACACGAGCAAAAAUAGAAGCAUUAAGACAAUCAGUGAUGACUAUGAUGGCAAAGAAGAAACAACAAGAUCAUUCAGUGCUUCAUUUGUCAACGUUUUCUCUAACAUGCGCUUAUACAUGGGUUUGCUUAGUCAAGGCAGAGGAAAUAAAAGCGGAGAAAGUACUUUUGGUCUUUAGCGCAGACUGCAGGUCUCGCUUAGACCCUCCCCUGCCUGCAACCUAUUUUGGGAAUUGCAUCGCAGGCCGUGGGGUAGUUGCAGAAACAAAGGGCCUAUUGGGAGAAGAUGGGUUGUUUGUGGCCUUAAAUGCAAUUAGUGAAUCUAUAAAAAGUUUGGACAAGACCGUUUUGGAUGGGGCAGAGACUUGGGUUUCAAGAAUGCUCAAUGCACUGCAGACUACAGAUAGAGUUCAUUCCAUUGCUGGGUCACAUACUUUUGGGAUUUAUGAGGCAACUGAUUUUGGAUGGGGAAGACCAAUGAAGAUCGACUUCGUUUCGAUAGACAGGACAGGGGCUAUCUCCUUUUCAGAUAGCAAGAAUGGUGCUGGUGGUGUUGAGGUUGGGCUGGUUUUGAAAAAACAUUAUAUGGAGGCUUUUGCUUCUCUAUUUGCGAGAGGUCUUGAAGACCUUUGAAGCCAUCUUUGGUAUUCUGCAACAGUUGGUUUGAACAAAAGUACCUUACUUCUCUCUGUGUUUAUGAUGCAUCUUUAUUUUUCUUCUUGCAAUUGAAAUUACAGAUUCUGUAUGAAUUUCAUGAAUCACAGCUCAUGUUCAUUUGAGUAUUUCAUAUAUUCCAUUUU